GUGACUUCCAUAAUCACAUGACACACGAGACGGAGACAGGAUGGACUUACGAUGUAAACACAAUAAAACUAAUAACUACGAUCGUGUUUUGGCAACGAUUUUGGAAGUACAUCGUUGAAGAUGCCAUUCCCAUUAUGUUGACUGUGAGGCGUAGUAAGAAACUAUUAUAUUGUUUGUAAUAAUCAUACCACAGCCUGUGGAUAAGUUGCUGUCAGUGCUCCCCGUUGUACUGUUUUGUUCAUGAUAGUUUAAUGGACGUAACCGUCGGUGCUAUAGCUGUAACCGUUUAAUAAUAAAGAUGAACGCUUUAGUUGCCCUUUGCCACUUCUGUGAACUCCAUGGCCCACGGACACUGUUUUGUACAGAAGCUGUUCACCCUCCCUCCCCAUCUCCCCAGCAGCCUGGAUCUGGCAUUCCUUAUGACCGGGACCGAGAGGCGGACAGGGAGGGAGAGGGUCUCACCAUGAGGGCCAACAGCUCUGCCACACAAAGGGCCGAUAUGUGUGAGGGCUGUCGCGCUCUACCUGUAUCCCACCCAGGCUUUGUGAGUGUGGACAGUGAGACUGGCAUUCGCUAUCUGAGCCAUCAACACCCACGCCAGCCGCAGCUCUUUAGCGUGGUGCGACAGGCAUGUGUGCGGAGCCUUAGCUGUGAGGUUUGUCCUGGUAGGGAAGGGCCCAUCUUCUUUGGGGAUGAACAGCAUGGAUUUGUUUUCUCCCAUACAUUUUUUAUUAAAGACAGCCUCGCACGGGGCUUCCAGCGCUGGUACAGCAUCGUCGUGGUGGCCAUGGACAGGAUCUACCUCAUCAACUCCUGGCCAUUCCUUUUACGCCACCUGCGGCUAACUAUUCAGAGUCUACAAAGCACAGCUCUCAAGGUGUUUGACAGCGAGCAGUGUGUGUGUCCUCAGAGGGCAGUGCGUAUGAACGGCGCAUUUUCUCCUGCAGUGUUCCCUCAUCAGCGCAGUGGCAAUGCUGCCCGCUCGCUCACAUCCCUGACUCAGCACCCCAACCUGUGGGCCAGUCUUCACUCCUCAUUCAGCUGGUUGCUGAAAGCCUGUGGCAGCCGGUUGACUGAGAAGCUUUUAGAGGGAGCACCCACAGAAGACACAUUGGUGCUCAUCGAAAGACAAACUGAACAAGAAGAAGAGAUGAUUGGUUGGGAUGGUGCCGAAGGGGGUGGAUCGAAUCCACAACCAAGCCAAUCAGAUAGCUUGCAGGGCACAGAUUUUCAGUGUGAUGACGGUAGACAAGAGGACCUUCCUGGCCCAAAGUUUAAAUCACUGAGACAUUUAAGACAGGUCCUUGGUGCCUCUGAUUUUCGACAACUGGCAUGGCAUGUUCUCAUGGGAAACCAAGUCAUAUGGAGAAGUGCAGAUCCUGGGCUCAUACAGUCAGCUUUUAAUGUAUUAAAGGCUUUGCUUCCAGUUGGCUGUGUGCGAGCCAUUUCAUACAGUCCUCAAUAUGAAGAAGCAUAUCGAUGCAACUUUCUUGGGUUAAGUCCUGAUGUAGUGAUCCCUGCACAUGUCAGUUCUUCAGAGUUUUCAGUGCUGGUGGAUGUUCUUAAUGCCGAGCGUGAUUGCGUAAAUCCUGUGGACGAUUACAUUCUCUCACUCUACCAUUUCAACAUUAGCAGUCCAAACAACCAACCCGUGGACAAAGGCCCAACUUUGUUAAAUAAAAUUGAAGUGGCUCUUUCUAACGAGAAUCUGUCAGUGGAGGUGGUGUCUCUCUGCCUGCUCUGUCUUAAAGAAGAGUGGAUGAACAAAGUAAAAGUGUUAUUUAAGUUCUCCAAAGUGGAUGGCAGAGGUAAAGAGGACACUCAGAAGAUUUUAGCCCUGCUGGGGGCCACAGGGCCGGGAGAAGAGGACAAUGUACGGCUUCUUAAGUUUUGGAUGACAGGACUCAGCAAGACUUACAAGAGCCAUCUGAUGACAGCUGUGAGAGGUGGAGAGAGAACACUGAGCCAGUGAGAGAGUACGAGAGAGAGCGGACAAUGGACUCAUUGCUCGAGUUUGAUGAAAAGAAAGUGUGUGUGAAAGUGUGAAUUACUGGAAUGGGGACCAGGCGGACCAGGCCUGUGUCGUAGAACAGAGGAAUAUUUGAGAGAACGUGAAAGCUGUGAUUCAAGCCCCUAAAACGUUUAGUUAGAUGUGUGCAUUUUAAUGGAAUGUUGUUUUACCGUCAUGACCAGACAUGUACAUUUUCUGUCUUUUUCACUGUGCAUUUGUGUGGACACAAAUGGAGUAUAACAGUGCACUGGCUUUGUUUAACGUUACAGAGGAUGAGUUGACAGAUGACUGCUAGAAGUUUAUUGGUGUCUCUUAAUAGUUUCUGUGUGCAUUUUAUAAUUCACAUCAUCAGUUGAUCUGUUGCCUGACUCGUCUGAAAGAGAAUUCAAAAUUUUAUGAGCAAUUUAUUUAUUAUUUGAUAACUUAUUUCAAAUCAAAAGCUUUUGCUGUAACCUCAGACAUACUAAAUAAAGAGACUGCUUGUAAACAUUAA